UUUUCAUUUUAACAUGUGGGGCUUCUAAAUAAAUUAAGAAGCCAUGGAAAAAGAGAGUUUCACAAAAAUUAGUUAGGGACCACAGGUUUUUCUUCUAAAGCACUCCAAAAACACAAACCUGAUUCUAUCACUUAACUGUGCAAAACUCUUUAGAGGUUCUCUAUUGCCAUUGGGUAAAAUCCAAGCUUUAUAACAAGGCUGACAGAACUCUUCCUGAGCUGACCUCUGUCUAUCAUUCACCUCAUCUCUCAUCUCUCACCAUGCCUCAUCUCUCACCACUACCCACUAGGUCCUCUAAAAUAAACCAGUUGAUGUUUGCCCAGUCACCCAUGCUUUUUGAUGUCUCCAUGCCUUUGCCCACUCUGUGCACUCUGCCUCUAGUGCUCUUCACCCUCCCAUCUCUGUACCCAACUUCUAUUCAUCCUACAGAACACAGGACACUUCCUGUGUGCUAUAAUAACCUUCUGUAUAUCCACCUAACAGAGUACUCAUCAGUAUCCUGGCAGUACUGCUACUGUUUAAUCACCUAAUGUGUAAUUAUCUGUCUUCCUGACUAUUUCACCUAGCAGACUGUGAACUUCUGGAGAGGAGGGAUUAUGUCUUAUUCAUCUCCAGUUCCUAGUACUUAGCACAAUAUUGGCCUGGCACACAGAAUACCUGCCUAUGGGUGUUCUGAUUUUGAUUUGUUGACUGAGAAGGAUGAUAGUAGUGAAAGGAACAUCAGGUUGAGGGAGAAAUUAUAGGAUUUUUGUUUGUUUUGAUAUAGGAGAUAUUUAAGCAGGUUCACAAAAAGAGAAAAGUUGAAAGAUUGGGGACCAUAAAACCCAUGGAAUAGCUGCUAGGAUCAGGCACUAGAAGUAACAAGAAGGAAAUGAGCACAAAAGCACCAUAGAAUGGCCCCUAUCACACUAUCUAUGAUAGUGGUGUGAUGGGGAAAGGUGUAUAUGGAGGUAGAUAUGGGUAGGAUGUAGAUUAUGAAAAUAGAGCUCACUUCUCAUGUGAGAGGCAUGUCUUUGUCCCUGGAGAACAGUUUAGCAUCUGACAUAGAUGAACCAUUCAGUCAUAGUUGUUAAAUAAACAGUGAAGCCCACACAGAGAAUUUGCAAAGAACAGAGUGAGCGUUUGAUCCUACACUAAAACACAGGUCUUCUAACCUAGAGGACACCUAUGUAGCUCAGUUGCUGUGAAGGGAGGGGAGGAGGAAAACAAACAAGACCCAGGCUUCCCUCUGAGUCAUGCACUCCCCACCUUCUCCAGGGAUCUCAUUACAGGUGUUUAGCUGGGCAGAUGUAAGCCCAGGCCCUGGGAGACAGGGCAGAGUACUGGAGCUAGACUGUCUCCACCCCUUCAGUAGCUCUGGUUGUGUUGCUAAGAGCCUCAAAGACAAAGAAGUCACAGCGGGAGCCCUAGGGCAGCCUCCUUCAGGCAGUCAGGCACUAGCCCCCAACUCGGGAAGUCCCCUACAGGCAGAGAAGGUGUGGACAUCUCACACCCCAGCACGAGAGCACAGAACCAUGAGCCAGGACACCAAAGUAAAAACAACAGAGUCCAAUCCGCCAGCCCCAUCCAAAGCCAGGAAGUCACUGCCUAUCCUGGACCCAUCUGGGGAUUACUACUACUGGUGGCUGAACACAAUGGUCUUCCCAGUCAUGUAUAACCUCAUCAUCCUCGUGUGCAGAGCUUGCUUCCCCGACUUGCAGCACGGUUAUCUGGUGGCCUGGUUGGUGCUGGACUACACAAGUGACCUGCUGUACCUGCUGGACAUUGUGGUGCGCUUCCACACAGGAUUCUUAGAACAGGGCAUCCUGGUGGUGGACAAGGGUAGGAUCUCAAGUCGCUACGUUCGCACCUGGAGUUUCUUGUUGGACCUGGCUUCCCUGAUGCCCACAGACGUGGUCUACCUGCGGCUGGGCCCACACACACCCACCCUGAGGCUGAACCGCUUUCUCCGCAUGCCCCGCCUCUUCGAGGCCUUCGACCGCACAGAGACCCGCACAGCUUACCCUAACGCCUUUCGAAUUGCCAAGCUGAUGCUUUACAUUUUUGUCGUCAUCCAUUGGAACAGCUGCCUAUACUUUGCCCUAUCCCGGUACCUGGGCUUCGGGCGCGACGUAUGGGUGUACCCGGACCCCGCACAGCCUGGCUUUGAGCGCCUGCGGCGCCAGUACCUCUACAGCUUUUACUUCUCCACGCUGAUCCUGACUACCGUAGGCGAUACGCCGCCGCCAGCCCGGGAGGAGGAGUACCUCUUCAUGGUGGGUGACUUCCUGCUGGCUGUCAUGGGUUUCGCUACCAUCAUGGGUAGCAUGAGCUCUGUCAUCUACAACAUGAACACUGCAGGGGCGGCUUUCUACCCAGAUCACGCGCUGGUGAAGAAGUAUAUGAAACUGCAGCACGUCAACCGCAAGCUGGAGCGGAGAGUUAUUGACUGGUAUCAGCACCUGCAGAUCAACAAGAAGAUGACCAAUGAGAUAGCCAUCUUACAGCACUUGCCUGAGCGGCUGCGGGCAGAAGUGGCUGUGUCCGUGCACCUGUCUACUCUGAGCCGGGUGCAAAUCUUUCAGAACUGUGAGGCCAGCCUGCUGGAGGAGCUGGUGCUGAAGCUGCAGCCCCAGACCUACUCACCAGGCGAAUAUGUAUGCCGCAAAGGGGACAUUGGCCGAGAGAUGUACAUCAUCCGAGAGGGUCAACUGGCCGUGGUGGCAGAUGAUGGUAUUACACAGUAUGCUGUGCUCGGUGCAGGGCUCUACUUUGGGGAGAUCAGCAUCAUCAACAUCAAAGGGAACAUGUCUGGGAACCGCCGCACAGCCAACAUCAAGAGCCUAGGUUACUCAGACCUAUUCUGCCUGAGCAAGGAGGAUCUGAAGGAGGUGCUGAGUGAGUAUCCACAAGCACAGACCGUCAUGGAGGAGAAGGGACGUGAGAUCCUGCUGAAAAUGAACAAGUUGGAUGUGAAUGCUGAGGCAGCUGAGAUCGCCCUACAGGAGGCCACAGAGUCCCGCCUACGAGGCCUAGACCAGCAGCUGGAUGAUCUACAGACUAAGUUUGCUCGCCUCCUGGCUGAGCUGGAGUCCAGCGCACUUAAGAUUGCUUACCGCAUUGAACGGCUAGAGUGGCAGACUCGAGAGUGGCCAAUAACCGAGGACAUGGCUGAGGCUGAUGAUGAGGGAGAGCCUGGGGAGGGAACUUCCAAGGAUGAAGAGGGCAGGGCAAGCCAGAAGGGACCCCCUGAUCUACGGUGACCCCAUCCACAUCCCCAGGAUCCCCGCCUCCUAGUGAACCCGGAGAUGUAGUAAAGCCUAACUGCUGCAACUCUGUCAUCCUGUCUGCGGGUCACAGACACAGGAGCAAAGUGGCCUAUAGACACCCAGCUAGAGAUGCAGGAGUAUAGCGCACGUUCAUCCCCUACUCACCAAUACACACACAAACACACACAGUUACUCAUAGACCUGUUGGCCCCAAGACUGUGCAUGCCACCUAAAAUGCUCUGGAAUUUCCAUUCUCAGAGCACACAGCACACUUGCUUUCCCACAAGCACCAAUAUGUCUUAUACCCACACAAUAUAUACGCAUUCAGUCAUACACCUCCUAAACACACAAAUGCUUACAGUCAUGCACCAGUAGACACAGAUGCACUUCACAGGUGUGUACACACUUGUGAAAACGCAAAAGCACACCCUGAUCCUUCUAGGUCUAAGAUGUCUUUUGAAUGUUUCCCAUAUGGGCUAUUCACAAGUGUACCCUAAAAUUUGCACUUCAGUAAAGUAUUUGCCUCCUCCCUAA